GCCCGCAGCUACACUCCAGCACUGCUGUGGAGCUCGGACGCAGCAGCAUCACCUGCACCACAGGAGGUUGGCUCUAGCAGACUUCUGACUGAAAGCAUCGUUACACAGAAGCCCACCAACAAUAUUGGUGAAGGCCUUCCAGACCCCGAAGAAGAGAUUAACCAGGUCGAAUGGGAGAUCGGCUCGCUCGAAACCAACAGAGGCUGCUCAACAUAGAGGGGGGCGAAGUAAAGAGCAUGAGUUCAUGCAGCACAGAUGUUAAGGAAAAUCGGAACUUGGACAACCUCUUCUCCAAAAAGGGGGUUGCAGCUGAGGCUGCUCAACUCCCCAAUGGGAGUGCUGGGGGUGGGAGGAAACGUCCCUUAGAGGAGGGUAAUAAUGGGCAUGCGCAUUCCAAGUACAAGCCCAAGAAGCGUAAGAAAGUUCCUGGGCCCAUUCUGCCUAAGAAUGCCCUAAUGCAGCUUAAUGAGAUCAAGCCAGGGCUGCAGUACAAACUGCUCUCUCAGACCGGGCCGGUCCAUGCACCCGUCUUUGUGAUGACUGUGGAGGUCAACGGGCAGUUCUUUGAGGGGUCUGGUCCCACUAAGAAGAAGGCCAAGCUGAACGCAGCAGAGAAAGCCCUGCGCUCCUUCGUCCAGUUCCCCAACGCGUCUGAAGCCCACAUGGCCAUGGGCCGGACUCUGUCUGUUCACACAGACUUCACCUCAGACCAGGCUGAUUUUCCAGACAUGCUCUUCAAUGCCUUUGAGACAUCCACUCCUGUAGAUGACCCGUUUAACCUCACAUCCAACAGUAAUGGUUCCUUCAGCUCAUUGGGAAUAGAGUACCCGUUGCUACCCUCCCCUGUGCCAAACCUGGUCCAGGCCCCCUUACAUCCAGCCCCCUCCACCUUCAUCUCCCCUACAAGUGGCAAGAGUCCUGUCAUGAUUCUCAACGAGUUGCGGCCGGGCGUCAAGUAUGACUUUGUGUCAGAGAGCGGGGAGAGCCAUGCCAAGAACUUUGUCAUGUCAGUGACGGUAGAUAAUCAGAACUUUCAGGGUUCUGGGCGGAACAAGAAGCUGGCCAAGGCCCGAGCCGCCCAGGCAGCUCUGUAUGCUCUGUUCAACAUGCAGCUGGAUCAGGCUCCUUCAAGACAGCCUAUACCCAGAGAAGGACUGCAGCUUCACCUGCCACAGGUCCUGGCAGAUGCCGUCUCUCGCCUGGUCGUCAACAAGUUCAGCGAACUGACAGACAACUUCACGUCUCCACACGCUCGGCGGAAAGUAUUGGCAGGUGUCGUCAUGACAACAGGUACUGAUGUGAAAGAGGCUCUGGUCAUCUGCGUGUCCACAGGGACAAAGUGCAUCAACGGUGAAUACAUGAGUGAAAAAGGUUUGGCCCUCAAUGACUGUCAUGCUGAGAUUGUGGCUCGCCGCUCGCUCAUCAGGUACCUGUACUCCCAGCUGGAGCACUUCCUCAGUAACCACGAAGAGGAGCAGCAAAAAUCCAUCUUUACCAGAUGUGACAACAGACAAGGUUUCAGGCUGAAGGAAAACGUCCAGUUCCAUCUGUACAUCAGCACAUCCCCCUGUGGAGAUGCACGUAUCUUCUCUCCUCAUGAAGCUGGAGUGGAAGAUCAGGGGGAUAGACACCCGAACAGAAAAGCCCGGGGGCAACUCCGCACUAAAAUUGAGUCUGGUGAAGGAACUAUCCCAGUACGCUCCAGUAAUACCAUUCAGACGUGGGAUGGGGUCCUUCAGGGUGAGAGGCUGCUCACCAUGUCCUGCAGUGACAAGAUAGCCAGGUGGAACGUGGUUGGAUUCCAAGGUUCUCUGAUGAGCUACUUCACUGAUGCCAUCUACUUCUCCAGCAUCAUCCUGGGCAGCCUGUACCACGCAGACCACCUCUCCAGAGCCAUGUACCAGAGGAUUACUGAGAUGGAGGACCUGCCACAGUCCUUCAGCCUGAACAGACCGCUACUCAGCGGAAUAAGUAACGCUGAGGCUCGUCAGCCUGGAAAAGCACCAAAUUUCAGUGUGAACUGGACGCUGGGAGACCAAGGCUUAGAGGUGAUCAAUGCCACCACAGGGAAAGAUGACCUGAGUCGACCCUCCAGGCUCUGUAAGCACGCUCUCUACAGCCGCUGGAUGCGCCUGCACUGCAAGCUCUCCCCCACCCUGCGGAUCAGAACUUUGAGGCUCGGCAGCUACCACGAUGCCAAGCAGGCAGCGGUGGAGUACCACAGCGCCAAGCAGAUGCUCUUCAGAGCCUUCCACAAAGCCGCAUUGGGCGCCUGGGUGAAGAAACCCAUAGAGCAGGACCAGUUUGCACUCACUACCUGAGUGAGUGCUGGGCUGACAGAAAACAUGUCCGACUGCUCGCUUUACUUCCUGGAUCAGCUUAAGUAGUGGAAUCCUUUCCCUCUGGGUUGUCAUGGAAUGGACUGUGUUUUACUGGCACCACAUCCAGAUGUCAGAAUCCCAUCCAUUUUUAUAGCUUCAAGCUACUCCCUCAGCCAGCACUACACAGUAAAACAAGAUUAUUAAUAAGUUAUGCAACUUUAUACAAAGGACACAUGUAAAAACAGACUUUGGGAAUGGGAACUUGUAAACGGCAUUGUUAGGUAAAAUGGCACUUGUUUGUAUGAAAAAUAGUGAUAUAUUAAUUUUGCAUGUGUGAUUAUACCAAAUUCUUUGGAAGUCUACAGUAAAAGGUUUGUCAUCAUGUAUCAGUGUAGUGAUAACUUGAGAAUGUCCUUUUUCUGCUUUGUCACAGUUCUUGACUGAGGUCACAAAGAUAUUUUUAUCAAAGUACGCACACUCAGAUGUCCAAAAUGACAGAAAAUAAUUAAGAAUGACAUUUAGUCAUCCUCAGCUCCGCCCUCCGUUCAGACUGCUUUAGUCUGAUGGUUUUUGUGUCUGUGGUAUAAACAAAUUCAAAUGGACUCACCAUCCCGCCACAUUAGGUAGGUGUGCAUGGUGGACGUGGCUUGUAAAAUAACAAACAGAUGUUUUAAGGGCUGCACUGCUAUUUUGCCAGAAAAUCUAAAUUUGGUCAAAAGGCAGCAUGCACUUGAUGAGAGGUAAGUGACAACCACCACAGCGGACUGGGAGAGGCUGACACAUAUAUAUACAGUAUAUAAAUAUGUAUAUAUAAAGAAGAGCUCAGAUCACAUGUCAUGCAAACACAUCACACGUCUUUUGUUUCAGGUAGAAAAGUCUUUUUGCAGAGCAGAAGAUAUAGA